UUUCAGCGUUUGGAGUUGUCUGGAGAGGUCCAAAUUUAAAACAGCGCUACCGUACAAGACUGACUUUUCAAGUGCAACCUAAGGAUACCGGUGGUCCUGUUUUCUGGACGAUGAAGCGGUACCCGUCCCAGCCAACCAGUCUGAUCGAACGCAGCAUGUUUGUGUCUAUGUGGGUUGACGGGAAGUCUGCCAGAGAAAUUGCAAGGGAAACUGGCGUCAGUCCUUCAACAGUGUGCAGAUGGAUCAACCGAUGGAAGCAGGAGGGCAACGUUUAUAACCAUCAACCACUCGGAAGUGUUUAUUAUUUUCUUUAUGAUAGAUCAUAUCUUGAGGGAUUUGUGUGUCCCAAUAUAACACAAUUAUUGCCCCCUUGAUAUCCAGGACAAACCGUUUCCUUUACUUCAGUUUAAUGUAAUAAAGUUUGUUUUAUUGUAUUCUGAAAGUGCAGUUUUUAGCCUAUUAUUGUAAAUGUUAGUAGAUGGAUAGUCAGAGGGGAAUUCUGAUAGCAAGCAAGAUUAAUAAAUUUUUCAAACAAUACAAUCUAUACAAUCGACACAUUUUCCCUCCAAUUCAACAUGUUAUCUAACCCGUGGAACCCAAAUAUUAUCUGACAGAAAUAGUCAACCUUUUCUCUAUACAGAGUCUGAAAGCCUUUCUUUUCUUUAUAUGUGAACUGUAAUGGUUGCAGUUUAAAGGCAAAAAAUUACGGCUGUUAUGAAAUUCCGCUAUAAUAAUUAUAAUAUUCGUGCCAGCUGUCAUGAAGUCAGUCGUGUUGCUGUUCCUGGCCUGCUGCGCUAAGCGGGUAGACUUCAGGUUUCUUUCUACAGUUAACAGAAACUGGAUGGCGAUAGGAGCUGUGAAACCGAUUCUCACACAACAUUCGUCUUGUGACCACACGAUGUUGCUAGUGACUGAUGGCAAAGAGGAAGUUGAGAAAAUUAAGGCACCGCGGGGAAUCGUCUUCUUACAAGCGAGAGCUGAUAGCCUGAUCGGUAAUGCAACGCAAACUCAGCUGAGUAUGAUGGUGGACAAGGUUCGGCAGAUGAGUGAGCUGUGGCACUGCCUGGCACUGGUGUUGAUGAGCGAUGACGCAGUCUUCCUCGCCGCCUUCGCUCACAUGUCACUUAGGCGUCAUGCCCUCAGGUGGUCGAUAAGAAUCCUUGUCCUUACUCGCCUCCCUCUUGGCAAACUUGGCGGCCUACACAGUAUUCUCUCCAAUAGGAACGCAGUGCUGCUUUUCUCGCGGAAGGACAAGACUAUUACUAGAGUGGACGUUUACAUGUGGCAGCCGUACAGCGCCCCAGACAGCACGCCCUUGAGAGUAGCUACCUGGACUCCGCACACUCUUGCCGUCAACAUGCAGCUCUUUCCUGAUAAGUUCUACGUGUUUAGCUCAGCACCAACUCUUACCGUGGGGAUUGAGCUCAUUCCUCAUCACAAACUUUCGUGGGUGGAGGACGCGUCCGCCCUUGAUGGACGAAGCCUCAAAUUUACCGGCUAUGCAGACAUCAUCGUGAAGUACUUUGCCCAGGCAAUGAAUUUUACGUUCAGGUAUGUGGUGUCCCCUGAGAGGACCUACGGCUCAAGGCUGCCCAACGGCUCUUGGACUGGACUUCUAGGCUUGGUGGUCAGGGAGGAGGCAGAUUUUGCGCCUGGACCAUUCAUAAUCAGUCCAGUGCGAAGACAGGCAGCAGAUCACACGACAACAUUCUAUUACGGAAAUCUUCGAAUAUUAAGUGGACUCCCUGGAUUAAAUGUAGAUCCGUGGGGAUUCUUCCUGCCCCUGACACCCUUGGUGUGGGCAGCUACUCUGGCGGCGUUGCUGGGGAUCCUCGCCGUCCAUCAAAUACUUUCUCUCGGUACGCCAGGCAGCAAGCUGGGCCGCGGCGCUUGCCCGACCAACAAUGCAUUCAGCUACGUCCGCGUAAUCUUCCAGCAAGACAUCGUGUUGCCCGUGGAAUGCUGGUGGUGGUGGGAACGUCUGGUGCUGGGGCUGUGGAUGCUGGUGACGCUGGUGCUUGUCAAGAGUUAUUCCGGCAAUCUCAUGUCCCUCUUGGCAGUGAGAUAUCUCCCACAACCUUUCCAGACCCUGAGGGAUGUGUUAGACGCCUCACAUGUCACUAUGAUAGGUCAAAAAGAUUCAAAUUUCGAGCAAAACCUAAGGGAUGUCAAGACCGGUAUAUUCCGAGAGGUGGCUGAAAUGGAGGGUGUAGGUCGCCUCAAAUUCCACACUCAAGCCCAGUACAUAAAGAGUCUCGAUACCCUGGUCAAGGCUGGACACCACGUUUUCUUCGAUGUCGAUAUGAACUUGAGAAGCAUGAUUGCCUUAGACUUUUCCCAGAAAGGUCGAUGUGACUUUUACAUUUCAAGAGACGGGUUUCUACCGUAUGCAGCUGCUAUGAUGGUUCAAAAGACGAGUCCUCUAGUUCAUGGUUUCAAUAAAAGAUUCUUGACACUUGUCGAGCAAGGUAUGAUAAGGUAUUGGAUGGAAAAUGUCCCGAAUUUUACCGAAUGUGAAAACGUUCCCAGAAAGAUGUUAGUUACUUCCCAAAUUUCGGUUUCAAACAUUUGGGGAUUGUUCGUAGUGCUGGCUGCUGGUCUUGCAGCUGGGAUGCUGGUCUUUUAUGCUGAAUUGCUCAUUUCACUACUCCACCAGUAAAUGAAAUUACUACCAUCCGGAUCUCAACCAAGAGAGCCAAAUACCGGGAACAGACUUGAUAUUGCUCAUCAACUACAAGACUAAAAGUUUUAGAUAACAACUUGACCCGAAUACUGGUUUACCGGUCGUGCUUUGAAGAUACACAUAUGAGGGACGUUUUUUAACCAGAUACUGUGUGAUCUGUCAAUCCGUUAAUGCCUGACGAUUUAUUUUUUGCCACGGUAACUUCGUCAAAGUAAAAUAAAAUAAAGCUACUGUACGACUCAACUUAUUAAAAUGAAAUUAUAUUUAA